AAACAACGCUGCCUGAAUUCCAACAGUCUGUGUUUGGGUUUUCUGUGGUUUCAUUUCGACAUAAUCGCUGUUUUAAGUGGAUAUAGACAUGGAAGACAAAGAAGAAAAGAAAGCUCCAUCAGUAAUCGAUCGUUAUUUCACUCGCUGGUACAGAACUGAUCUGAAAGGAAAGCCAUGUGAGGAUCACUGCAUUCUACAGCACUCUAACAGGAUAUGCGUAAUCACACUCGCAGAGUCUCAUCCCAUAUUUCAGAAUGGACGUAAAAUUAAAAACAUCAACUACCAGAUCAGUGACGGAUGCAGCCGUCUGAAGAACAAGGUUUCUGGAAAGUCAAAGCGAGGUGGUCAGUUUCUGACAGAGUUUGCCCCUCUAUGUAGAAUCACAUGUACAGAUGAACAGGAGUUCACCAUAUUCAGCUGUAUCAGAGGACGACUUCUAGAAGUCAAUGAAGUCAUUCUAAACAAGCCAGAUCUGUUAAUGGAAAAGCCUUCCACAGAGGGAUACAUUGCUGUAAUAUUACCUAAAUUUGAAGAGAGUAAGAGUGUCACAGAGGGUCUUCUGACCAGAGAACAAUAUGAGGAGAUACUUACCAAAAGAAACCAACAAGAAGUGCCUUGCUGAAAUCAACCUGCUGAGACUCUUCUGAAGAAUAAUGGCGUCAAGCAGGUGAAAACAUCAUGUCUGUGAACUUUUGAAUCCCCAAAAAAUUAAGAGAAUGAUGACUUGAAGUAAUUAAGACUUGUCUGCUGGAUCCAGAACAUGUUUCGUUGGGCUGCUAUUCAUGAGAUGCAUAGAGAUGACCAGCUUUGUUUGGUUUUUUAGGGUUUAUUUCGUUGCAUUAACAAAUGUUUUCAGUUUUAAGAAAAUCGACAUGUCUGUAACCAAACAGACACAUUAUUUGCCUUCUGCAGGUCAUUAUAGUUUCAGCUAAUGCUAAAUAAAGGGCAUCUUUCCAUUCA